AACCCGCAGCGGCUCCCGGCUCACAGCGCUCCCGGCGAGGAGAGCGGGCGGACGCCGGGAGCAGGGCCGGUGCGGGCGGUAAGACAGGUGGAGGAGGCGCAGAAGAAGCGGAGCGAUCGGGACAUUGCAGCCAGCGGCGUCGGGGCAGCGGCCUGGGCGGCUCGCGCGUCCCCGGACCAGAUCCUUGCGCCCAGGGCGCACGGUGGAGAGGGACGCGGUGCGCGCCACCCGGCCGCCAUGGAGCCGAUCCCUUCGGCGGGCGCCGAGCUGCAGCAGGCACUCCUCGCCAACGCCUCGGACGCCUACCCUAGUGUUUUGCCCAGCGCGGGCGCCAAUGCGUCGGGGCCGCCGAGCGCACGGAGUGCCUCGUCUCUCGCCCUGGCCAUCGCCAUCACCGCACUCUACUCGGCCGUGUGCGCCGUGGGGCUGCUGGGCAACGUGCUUGUCAUGUUUGGCAUAGUGAGGUACACAAAGAUGAAGACAGCCACUAACAUCUACAUCUUCAACCUGGCCUUGGCCGACGCGCUGGCCACCAGCACGCUGCCUUUCCAGAGUGCCAAGUACCUGAUGGAGACGUGGCCCUUCGGCGAGCUGCUCUGCAAGGCCGUGCUCUCCAUCGACUACUACAACAUGUUCACCAGCAUCUUCACCCUCACCAUGAUGAGCGUGGACCGCUACAUCGCUGUCUGUCACCCCGUCAAGGCCCUGGACUUCCGCACGCCUGCCAAGGCCAAGCUGAUCAACAUCUGCAUCUGGGUGCUGGCCUCCGGUGUGGGCGUGCCCAUCAUGGUCAUGGCUGUGACCCGUCCUCGGGACGGGGCAGUGGUGUGUAUGCUGCAGUUCCCCAGCCCCAGCUGGUACUGGGACACGGUGACCAAGAUCUGCGUGUUUCUCUUUGCCUUCGUCCUGCCCAUUCUUAUCAUCACGGUGUGCUAUGGCCUCAUGCUGCUGCGCCUGCGCAGCGUGCGCCUGCUCUCGGGCUCCAAGGAGAAGGACCGCGGGCUGCGGCGCAUCACACGCAUGGUGCUGGUGGUGGUGGGCGCCUUCGUGGUGUGCUGGGCGCCCAUCCACAUCUUCGUCAUCGUCUGGACGCUGGUAGACAUCGACCGGCGCGACCCGUUCGUGGUGGCCGCGCUGCACCUGUGCAUUGCACUCGGCUACGCCAACAGCAGCCUCAACCCCGUGCUCUAUGCCUUCCUAGACGAGAACUUCAAGCGCUGCUUCCGCCAGCUCUGCCGUGCACCCUGCGGCCGCCCCGAGCCCGGCACCUUCAGCCGCGCGCGCGAGGCUACCGCCCGCGAGCGCGUCUCAGCCUGCACCCCGUCCGACGGCCCCGGUGGGGGGGCCGCCGCCUGAGCCCACUGCCCCGA